AUGUUUUCGACCAGGAAAAGUUUAGAUAAGAUUCUGCAGGCGUACAAGAAAGAGAUUCGCCGACAAAUUAGCAAGACCACUAGUGUCACCAAUUCGGAUGCUAUGGCUCCGAGGCUGGAUCAACCAGCUUCCAAGUCACCACAAAAUGAAGACGCAGGUCUGCCCAAGAAGCUCUUGAAGUUGCAAAAAUACCACAGAUUCCUGUCGACCCUGACACCUCAGGAAAUGCCGAUGGCUACCCGAGGACUGGCCGUGUCAAAGGACCAGUCCCGGGAGUUUAUGGCUUGCUUUCCGGACGUCGUGAGGGAUCUUACUGAGACUGGCAAGCACAUUGAUGUGCCGCAAGCCAGCAAGUGGUUGGCUAAGCUGUUGCAAUACAACGUGCCGAACGGUAAGAAGAAUCGGGGUCUAGCAACCAUAUUGGCUUACAAAAUGUUGGAGAAAAGAGAAAAUCUCACGCCUGAAAAUGUUCACCUAGCGAACAUGAUGGGAUGGUGCGUAGAAAUGUUCCACACGCACCAGUUGUUGUUGACCGAUAUCUUGGAUGGCACGGAGAUCCGCCGCGGAGCUCCAUGCUGGUACAGACGCCCAGAUGUGGGACUUAACGCUGUCAAUGACGCUGCAAUGCUGCAAGCAGCUAUGUUCUCCACUCUUAAGAGACAUUUCCACAACAAACCUUAUUACAAGUUGGUUUUGGAAACAUUUAAUGAGAUGCUGUUAAAGUGCUCCAUCGGCAAUUACUUAGAGAAGUUAAUGAUGAAGACGGAUAAGCCGGACUUGUCACAUUUCACAAUGGAGAAAUAUGAAACUAUCACUAAAUACAAGACUUCAUAUCACACGUUCCAAAUGCCCGUUUCGUUGUCACUAUUGAUGGCAGGAGUUGAUGACGUAGAAACGCAUAGACAAGCUAAAACUAUUCUUUUGAAAAUGGGAGAGUUCUUCCAAAUUCAAGACGAUUUCCUGGAUUGCUUCGGUGAUCCAUCUGUCACAGGCAAAACCGGAACAGAUAUACAAGAUGGAAAAUGUACCUGGUUAGCAGUCGUUGCCUUACAGAGGGCAAAUCCUAAACAAAGGCAGUUUAUGGAGGAGAACUAUGGUAGCUCUGAUCCAGAAACUGUCACCAAAAUCAAGGAUCUCUAUGAAGAACUCCAACUACCUCACACAUAUUCUGUCUUUGAAGAAGCCACUUACGAUCUUCUUAGAACACAAAUCCAGCAAGUAACGCGUGGAUUGCCUCACGACUUAUUCUUCAAAAUUUUGGACAAUAUCUUCAGGCGACGCAUUUAA